GCUUGGUAGACCUUCUUGUCCAACUAGAGGCUCUCUGGUAAACGGCAAUACCCUCGUCUUUCACCUUUCUCUCCUCCUCCCGAAUUUGAACUCACCUGGACACAAAACAAUGGCGAUCAGUAAAGAACUCUUAUCUCUUCUACUCCUCGUAUUCUAUCUAUCAUCAAUCGCAUCAUCAUCUUUCUCAGAUCCAGAUUCCGAUUCAGAUCUCACCAACGAACUCGUUUCCCUCAGAUCAAACUCCGAAUCAGGCGUAAUCCAUCUCGACGACCAUGGAAUCUCCAAAUUCCUCAUCUCCUCUCCCACACCUCGUCCCUACUCAAUCCUCGUCUUCUUCGACGCCACUCAACUCCACAGCAAAACCGAGCUCCGUCUCCAAGAGCUCCGCCGCGAGUUCGGCCUCGUCUCCGCCACCUUCCUCGCCAACAACAACGGAUCCGAUCUAAACAAGAUUUUCUUCUGCGAGAUCGAGUUCUCGCGGUCCCAAUCUUCGUUCCAGCGAUUCGGCGUCAACGCUCUCCCUCACGUCCGUCUCGUAACAGGUUCAACAUCGAAACUAAGCGACGAAUCUGGUCAAAUGGAUCAGUCUGAUUUCGCGAGGUUAGCCGAAUCCAUGGCUGAGUUCGUCGAGCAGCGAACCAAGCUCACCGUCGGUCCGAUCCAGCGUCCGCCGUUUCUUUCCAAGGCGCAGAUCAGCGUCAUCGUGGCGUUGAUCGUUAUCGCUACUCCGUUUGUCAUCAAACGGAUUCUGAAAGGAGAGACUCUUCUCCAUGACCAUAGGCUUUGGUUAUCAGGCGCUAUCUUCAUCUACUUCUUCAGCGUCGCGGGAACAAUGCACAACAUUAUAAGGAAGAUGCCUAUGUUUCUUCAGGAUCGUAACGACCCGAACAAGCUUGUUUUCUUCUACCAAGGAUCUGGGAUGCAGCUUGGAGCUGAGGGAUUCGCUGUGGGGUUCUUGUACACUGUCGUUGGGUUGCUCUUGGCGUUUGUUACUAAUGUGCUUGUUCGAGUUAGGAACCUUAAUGUUCAGAGACUGGUGAUGCUUGUGGCUCUGGUUGUAUCCUCCUGGGCUGUGAAGCAAGUUGUUUACUUGGAUAAUUGGAAGACUGGUUAUGGGAUUCAUGCCUAUUGGCCAUCGAGUUGGCAGUGAUUUGGGGGUUUAGUUUUCUAGACAUUUUCUGGAACUGAGUUAUGAUAUGUUGCACGUUUUGUGUUUUGAUUCUAGUACUUUGAAUCAGUGUAGUACAAUUUCAGAUGGUUUAAACUCAUUUUUCUGCUUUC